CUGAAUAGAUCCCGAGUCACUUCACGGUGGAGGGCACAGUUUGAAGGGAGAUACAAAUUUGCUGAGUCAUGCUGACAAUCCCAGGGAGAGGACAGGGAGAAAUCCAAAUUUCAUCCAGUUUCAUAAUCCAAGAAAACUAAAAGAUAAAUCCACAUUUCCCCAGUGAACAACUCGCUGGGUUCGUACCUGAGGAUGAGGAGAAGGUUCUUACUGUGAGCUGAGGGAUGAGGAGCUGCUGAAGCUGCAGAGAAGAAGUGAGGAGCUGCAGGAGAACGACGGGAACGAGGAGAGCAGCUGCAGGGGGUGGAGGAGGAGGAGGAGGAGGAGGAGGCUCUGCGCAGCGUCACCGCGCACACCCGGAAGUAAACACUCUGACCACGUGGGAGGGAGAAGGCGUCGCCGCGCGGGGUCGAUGUUUUAAAAAACCUGAUUUUUAUAUUUUCAAGGGGGUCACAGCUUCAUGCGGGGUCAUGAGGGGUCGCAGCCAUCCAGCUGGACGAGCUGCGAGGAAGAGGAGGCAGAAAUGUGAAAGCUCCGUCCAGUCGGUCUCUCUGUGUCAUCAGCUCCAGUACGUGAGGCUCAUGAAGUUUCUCCACCAGCGAGGAUUCACCUCCUCCCUGCUGCAGCCGGCUCUCUUCACCGACACAGGUAGAGGACUGCAGACUCUCAGAACUAUAAAGCCCGGCCAGCUCGUCAUUUCUCUGCCCGAGUCGUGUCUCCUCACAACCUCCACUGUCCUCAUCAGCGACCUGGGGCCGUUUAUCAAGAGCUGGAAGCAGCGUCUCUCUCCCCUGGUGGCUCUCUGUGCGUUCCUCGUGUGUGAGCGGCACAGAGGAGAAGCCUCUCACUGGUUCCCCUACAUCUCUGUGCUGCCUCCCAGUUACACCUGCCCAGUCUACUUCACAGACGACAUCGUGAGGCUUCUGCCUGCCUGUGUGCGGAGCAGGGCCUUCGAGCAGAGGGAGGCCGUACGAGAGCUCCACUCCUCCAGUCGGGACUUCUUCAGAUCCCUGAAGCCAAUCCUGAGUCUGCCUGUGGAGGAGGUGUUCACAUAUGAAGCACUGAGGUGGGCGUGGUGCAGUGUCAACACACGCUCCGUCUUCAUGUCCCACCCGUCCAGCGACUUCCUGUCCGGACAGGAUGUUUAUGCUUUAGCUCCCUUCCUGGACCUGCUCAACCACCAGCCUGACGUGCAGGUAAAAGCGAGUUUCAAUGACGUGACCAGAUGUUAUGACAUCAGAAGCGUCUCCGGGACGACGCGCUACCAGCAGGCAUUCAUAAACUACGGUUCCCAUGACAACCAGCGCCUGUUAUUAGAGUACGGCUUUGUCGCCCCCAACAACCCGCACAGUGUGGUGUAUGUAGACACAGAUCUUCUCUGUGACGUUUUAAGAGGCGACAGGAGUUUGAUCCAGAAGAUGAAGUUUCUUCAAGAGAACAAACUGGUUCAGAACCUGACUGUGUCCAGUGACGGCCUCGGUUGGAGGCUGAUGACGGCUCUCAGGCUGUUGUCCAUGCCACAAACACUGUAUCACCAGUGGAAGGCAGUGUUGCUCGGCCAGGCGGUGGGUGAAGAGAGGGAGGAGUGGAGCGUCCGCACGGCUGAGACGCUCUGUCAGCGACUUCUACAAGACACACACACCGCUCUGGAUAAGAUCUCCGUCUUGCUGCAGCAGUGUGACCAGUCCGUCAGGGAGCAGCUUGACGUGGUCCAGUCACUGCGACAGGAGGAGAGGUGCAUUCUGGGACGCUGUCUUGAGGCACUGCGAGGCAUGAUGACACAACCGGACCAACCGUUGCCAUGCCAACCUGAUGUCGACACUGGGAGCUGACAUCUGAUUGGUGCGCUUGUCCACUCGCUGCUAUGGUUUUUAAUAUCCCUGGAGUAACUGGAGACGCUGGCCGGUCUCCAUGUUCCUGUUCUGCCUGUCCACCAGUGAGGCUGACAGAAGCUGCAGGACGUCCUGUGAUCAGGUUUGAUUCCUGCGACGCUGCGGGACAGUGGGACGCUCACCACGACCAUCAUCUGAGCCAAAGAUCUCUCACAAAGUUUACCAGGACUCCUGUAUCCCUCUGGACUCAUGUCAAACAAAAUCUUGAGCAAAUAGAGUAAAUGGGGGAAACAACACUGAGGCAGAUCUGUCAACAAGAACUGGAAAUGUUUAUCAUGUUUUAAUUGUUUUUAUUUAUUAAUGAAAUGUCACAGUACAGUAAUAAAAAAAAAGAUUCUCUUAUUUCCAAGAGUUGAAUUGGAUUCGUUCAAGUAAAGUAACAUCACACAAGACUUUUUAUGACGGCAAAAUAAAUUGCAAUUUCUUCUUAUAUUAUAACUCGAGACAGAGCUUUAGCCUUGGCGGAGGAAUCUGCUCUCUGAGCAUCCAGCUAGUGUAAAGUUUGUGUUUAUCGAGUUAAAUAUAGGUUUGUGGAUUCUCAGAGAAAUAUGAUGUGACAAACAGUGAUCACAGA